AUGUCUGACCACACAGCCAGAAUGCCCAUCGACCUCUUGGAGUCGGACGCGAUUGGUUUUGGGGCGAAAGAGAAGUUAAUCCCCAAGCAGCUCUUCACCAGGGAUGAUCUCGAUCUCAACAUGAACGUGGAAGGAGGGGCCAAAGCAGCCGCUGAUGAUUUCCUCACCUGCCUUGACAACGGCAAGUUUGUUUCUCUUUGGACUUCCUCGGGCGGGGACAACUUGUGCGGCAUGUUUGAGAUUAGAAACAGCAUAAUGGCUAUGAAGAGACAGAAUCCCCGAAUGCCCCUGCCUGUGCCCACGGUCCCCGGGCUUAUGUGGGCGUUCAGGAACCAGGUCUAUGCUGAUCUCAAGAAGCGGAACGAGGAAAGUUACGUGGGAAGGGACGUCCCGUCAUUCGAAAUCAAUGUCAACAACUUCGCUGGCGAUGAGCUCAGGCUCAUCUUCAGAGCCUGGGCGAAGAAUCUCGGGCCCCUGAUUACGGACCACUGGGGAGGAGUAGACGUGGGCCUUAUGACCCAGACCCAUCAACACCCAGAGCGGAAGCGCCUAUUAUUCCCCGCCAUUGAGGUUCCGGAGGAGACCGAACCGGGCCUCCCCAUCCUGCGGCCUUAUAUUCUGAACACCGGCCACGGUCACUGGGAAGGGUUGGCCAAAUCCACGCCACACUUGGAGCAGCAAUCUUCGCGCCAGCCCAAUCCUGGCAUCCAGCCCCAGCCCCAGCACAAAUAUCCUCAGCAGGCGUCAACUGCUGCAGCAAACCACAUGGAUCCCUUUUCCUCCGUUUACAACGCCCCCUUGGUCGCCCUCCCCCAUAAAACUGGUGUUACCCUCGACGACACCCAUCAAGUUGUAGAUGAACGACUGUGUAACCAUGCAAGCGGAAGCCAACAACAAGGCAAUCAUAUGACAGCUCAGCAGAAUCAGAUUGCCGAUUUCCUCGUGCCUUCCUCCCUCUCUUUCUCCUUCAAGUUCCCCAUGUUCUCUAACCAGGGAUAG